AUCCGCUCUAAAUACAUUCUUUUGGGCAACAAAAAUUUAAAAUUUGUAUGGUAGGCAAUUAAGAUUCCAAAAAGUUUUCAAAAAUGAAUGCACAUUUGCUCAAUCUCCUUCUCACAAUUAUCCUGGCAUUUUCUUUUGACGUUGAAGCACUCAACCCGCACUACUACGACCAGUCAUGUCCACAAGCAGAUUACAUUGUUACCAAUGCAGUCAAAAACGCGAUGUCAAAUGCAAAACUGUUCCUGCCGGUCUCUUGAGAAUGCAUUUCCAUGACAGCUUCGUCAGAGGAUGUGAUGCGUCGGUUCUGUUGGACUGGAAGGGAAAGAACAAAGCAGAGAAAGACGGACCUCCUAACAUCUCACUACAUGCGUUUUAUGUGAUUGACAAUGCAAAGAAGGCAUUAGAAGAGCAGUGUCCAGGUGUGGUCUCUUGUGCCGAUAUCCUUUCACUCGCUGCAAGAGAUGCAGUUGCUCUCUCAGGAGAGCCUUCAUGGGAAGUGCCGAAAGGGAGAAAAGAUGGGAGAAUAUCAAAGGCAGUAGAAACAAGACAACUACCAGCUCCUACUUUUAACUUCUCUCAGUUGCAACAAAGCUUUGGCCAAAGGGGCCUCUCUACGCAUGAUCUUGUUGUUCUCUCUGGUAUUAAACAUACUCACGUUCACUUAAAGUAUAUAAGCCAAUGAUGCCGCUAUACCAUGAUUACAAAAUGUGGCUUAGAUGUUCAAUUACUAUAUGUAUAUUAAACAAUUCUAAAAUAUGUAACAUACAUGAUGCAUAUAUGGGACAAUAAUAUUACAGAUUCUAGAUAUAAUUGGAAUUUAGGCACCAAUCUAAACCAUUAAGGUAGGUUAUAUAUAUACAGAUUUGUGGGUGUCAUGUGAAUUUUUGAAACCUUAUAGUUAACAAAUACAAAGUUAAAGUGAGUUUUUUUAGUCUAAAUGCUAAAAUUGUUCAAAUAAGUUUAAAUGUUAAAAUUAUAUUUAAAGUUAGAGUUAAUAUUAUAUAUUUUGUAAUAACGGUAUAAAUUUGGAAUGUUUAAUUAAAUGGCGGGAGGACAUACACUAGGAUUUGCCCACUGCUCAUCGUUCCAGAUUAGAAUCCACAACUUCAACACACAGAAACAGAUUGACCCAACUCUAAACCCGUCAUUUGCGGCAAGCUUGAACGGAAUUUGCCCAACCCAUAACAAAGUGAAAAACGCUGGAGCGACCAUGGAUGCAACCUCAACGUCAUUUGACAAUAUUUACUACAAGAUGCUUAUGCAAGGCCAAUCACUUUUCUCAUCUGACCAAGCGCUUCUAACAACAACAUCUACUAAAAAACUCGUGUCCAAGUAUGCAGGUUCCAUGGAAGAGUACGAGAAGGCUUUUGUAAAAUCCAUGAUCAAGAUGAGUAGUAUCAGUGGGAAUGGUAAAGAGGUCCGACUUAACUGUAGGAGGGUUCGUUAGAUUCUCAGUCUCCGCUUCCAACAGAAAGUUGCUAAGUCUUUCUUUUUUAUAUCGUCAUAUUGGUUGUUUGUGAAUAAGCCGUUCUAAUGAUUAUUGCUGAGGUUCUUGUAUCGGGUGUGCUAGUGUCGACAGUUAUUUACAAGUAAUAAAAUAUUUUGUUUCUUUUUUUUUAGUCGACCAAGUUAUUAAACAAGAACGAUACAUUAAAUCCAAUUUGUUACAUAG